UUUUAAUUGAAGUGGUGAAAGAGUAAGAAGAAGUUUUUGGAGCAACAAGACUUCCAUUUCUUCCUCUUUUCUUCUUUGUGGGGUCUCUAGUUUUUCUCUAUUGAUGACAGCCUCAAUAACAGCCUGGAAAGUUUAGUGUGGUAGCUGCACUAAAAAACCUCUGCUCAAGGGCCCUUUCAUGCCGGGAUUACUGCCUUCUCUUCUUCUUCUUCUUCUUCUUCUUCCCUUCUCCGGGUUCUUCCUCUCUGAUUCCCAUUUCCCUAAAUACCCAUUUCAACAUCUUUUUCUCUUCUUCAUCAGGUACACAUUUUCCGUUUCUUAUUUCUCUCUUUGUUUUUUCACAAGUCCAAUCCUGGUUUAGAUUCUUGUGGUCUUCAAUGGAGUUCCAGCUUCUGUACUGAAAUUGUGUUUUAUCUCUGGAUUUGUGAAAUGGGCAUUGUGGGAUAGAUUCAAAAGGAGGUGGGUUUUGAGGAUUUUGUAUUUUGGAUUUGUGUUUGCAGAUCGGAAGAGAGGCUGUUGGGGUCUGUUCUUAGAAGUUUAGGAAGAUUAGUAAGACCUUGAUUUUGUUGUUUAUUGUGGUUUUAGGAUCUGGGUCAUUGAAAUUGGUGAAAAUGAAGUUUGUUUCCAUGUCUAUGGUUCUGUCUUUGGUCUUGUUCAUGUGUAUUGGAUCUUACGCCUCUUUCACUCCCAUUGAUAACUAUUUGAUAUCGUGUGGUUCUACACAAAACAUCACCUUCCAAGGUAGAACGUUUGUUCCUGAUUCUGGACAUUCAUUGCUCUCCAAUGAUGGUGAAAGCUCUGUUGUUAAUUCAAAAGGUACGACUGCUCCAUCUCCAAUCUAUCAAUCUGCUCGGGUUUUCACGAGCAUUGCUUCUUACAAAUUCGAAAUCAAGAAAGAAGGUCGACAUUGGGUUCGGUUGUAUUUUUAUCCCAUCUCAAAGUCAGAGCGGAAUCUUGCAUCUGCAUCAAUUACUGUUGUUACUGAGAAGUUUGUGCUGUUGAACAACUUCACUUUCAAGAACUACAAUGGUUCUUUUUUGUUCAAGGAGUAUGCAAUCAAUGUCACUUCAGAUUCCUUGACCCUUACUUUCAUUCCGUCCAAUGGUUCUGUUUCGUUUGUUAAUGCGAUUGAAGUUGUCUCCGUGCCUGAUGAGCUGAUACCUGACCAAGCAUUGGCUUUGAAUCCAUCUGCUCCUUUCAGUGGCAUCUCAGAACUUGCUUUUGAAACUGUUUACCGGCUGAAUAUGGGGGGUCCUUUACUCACUUCGCAAAAUGAUACGCUUGGAAGGACUUGGGAGAAUGAUAUGAAAUAUCUCCAUGUCAACAGUUCUGCAGUGAAUGUCUCUGCCAGCCCGGGGAGCAUAAAAUAUCAUGCCGGUGUGACUCCAGAAACUGCACCAAAUUGGGUUUAUGCAACUGCAGAUGCCAUGGGAGACCCAAAUGUACCAAACGUGAACUUCAACUUGACUUGGGUUUUCUCUGUUGAGCCAAGUUUUCAAUACUUUGUCAGAGUGCACUUUUGUGAUAUUAUGAGCAAGGCUCUCAAUAAUCUGGUUUUCAAUCUUUACAUCAAUUCUGAUAAUGCUCUGGGAAGCUUUGAUCUAUCGUCUUUAACAGGUGACUUGGGUGUGCCUUAUUACAAAGACUUCAUUUCCAACUCUGCAGAUUCAUCUACUUUGACUGUUAGUGUUGGUCCAGAUACAAUGGCAGACAUCACCAAUGCAACCAUGAAUGGAUUGGAGAUUAUGAAGAUAAGCAACCAAGCUGGGAGCUUGGAUGGAACGUCAUCUGUUGAAAGCCUGUUCCCAGAUGCGCCUUCAAAGAAAAACAACAUAGCAAUCAUUGUUGGUUCUGUCUUGGGAGCUGUAGUAGGACUUGCUUUGAUCGUCUUGUGCUAUUGCUGUUUCGUAGGACGCAAGUCAAAGACUACUCAACCAGCACACCCUUGGCUGCCUUUGCCCUUAUAUGGGAACUCUCAAACCAUUACAAAAGUAUCAACAACUUCUCAAAAGAGUGGAACUGCAAGCUUUAUUUCUUUGGCUUCUUCCAGUCUCGGCAGAUUCUUCACAUUUCAGGAAAUUCUUGAUGCUACCAACAAAUUUGAUGAAAAUCUGCUCCUUGGAGUUGGUGGUUUUGGUAGGGUUUACAAGGGAACACUUGAAGAUGGUAUGAAAGUUGCUGUUAAAAGAGGUAACCCAAGAUCAGAACAAGGUCUUGCCGAAUUUCGAACUGAAAUAGAAAUGUUAUCAAAGCUACGACAUCGUCAUCUAGUGUCUCUUAUUGGCUACUGUGAUGAAAGAUCAGAAAUGAUUCUUGUCUACGAGUAUAUGGCAAAUGGACCUCUCAGGAGUCACUUGUAUGGAACAGAUCUACCACCUUUGUCAUGGAAGCAACGACUUGAUAUUUGCAUUGGUGCUGCAAGGGGGCUUCAUUAUCUUCACACUGGUGCAGCUCAAAGCAUAAUACACCGAGAUGUUAAAACCACAAACAUUCUCUUGGAUGAGAAUUUCGUUGCCAAAGUUGCAGACUUUGGUCUCUCAAAAACCGGGCCAUCUCUGGAUCAGACUCAUGUAAGUACUGCUGUCAAGGGUAGUUUUGGUUACCUUGAUCCUGAAUACUUCAGGCGACAACAGCUCACUGAGAAGUCAGAUGUAUAUUCAUUCGGAGUCGUGCUAAUGGAAGUUCUCUGCACGAGGCCAGCACUAAACCCGGUUCUGCCCCGAGAACAAGUCAACAUAGCUGAAUGGGCAAUGACCUGGCAGAAGAAGGGCAUGCUAGAUCAUAUUAUGGACCCAAAUCUGGUUGGUAAAGUUAAUCCAGCGUCGCUUAAGAAGUUUGGUGAAACAGCUGAGAAGUGUCUGGCUGAGUAUGGGGUUGACAGGCCAUCCAUGGGAGACGUCCUGUGGAACCUGGAAUAUGCUCUUCAACUCGAGGAAACUUCAUCUGCUCUAAUGGAACCUGAAGACAACAGCACAAAUCACAUCCCUACCAUCCAACUGACCCCACUUGAGCCAUUUGAUAAUAGUGUAAGCAUGAUUGACGGAGGGAACUCUGGCACCGACGAUGAUGCAGAAGAUGCUGCAACAAGUGCAGUAUUUUCACAGCUUGUAAAUCCUCGCGGGAGAUGAAAAAGAAACAUUCUUCAGCUAGUAAGAUUUAUCCUGGAUGACCUACGAAGGCACCGGGCGUCCUCGCAUUGAAUUGUAACAUGGUUCUGCGGCAUCCGUGGAUCAUUUCAAGAUUAAUUGGUACAGUAAACAGUCUACUCUUUAUUUUCACAUUCAGGCUGCUAGACAUUAGCUGCCACAGGUUGUCGUUACACAUUUACUCAGACAAUGGAUUGUAUUAGUUGUAUAAUGUUUUUGUUUCGGAUAAAAGGUAUAGUGAAUAAAGCACAAGUUUUUGACUUAA